AUGCAACAGCAGGCCGAGAGCGCACCAGAGUUCAUACCCAAUACGGAGAAACUGGCCAACCACAGUGCCCGUGGCCACGCAAGACAAUGGAGCCGUGCGCUGCGACAACAACCUCUCGAACUGGAUGAGAAGGACAGAGAAGAGAUUGAGCCUUUAAGCCCAGUCGUACCACAACCAACUGCGGCGGAGGAGACUGGUACUACACGGGGCUCGACUGCAUCACGCAAGAUGUUUUGGGUAGCGCAAACCCCUUGGAGUUUGAAGAAGGAUGGCAUAAGCGCUGCUUUGGAGUUUACUCGAGCAUUGAUCGGCUACGUAUUAAUGCUUGCUGUUAUGACUUACAACAUUGGCUUCCUGUUUGCUGUCACGGGAAGCGUACUCCUCGGCGAGAUGGUAUUUGGGCGGUACACACGGGGCUCUGCAGGUCUAGCUGAGGAUGGCUGUCAUUCGUGA